UCAAACACGAUUUUCCAAUUCACAAAACCGAAUCGUUACUGAUUGUCCAAUUUAUAUAGAAUAUGAAAGGGCUAUUAAAUUCUCAACAUGAAGAGGUUACCUACUUGCCUUAAAGAUCACCACAGUAUUCAUACGCAGAUUACAGUUUGCUUAAUCUAUUCUUUCUGAGAAAUACAAAUAUGGAAGUAGAAUCAAAACCUCAUAUUAAGUUUGCGCUCCCGGUCGACUCAGAACACAAGGCCACCGAAUUCAGCUUAUUCUCAGUUUCAGCACCUCACAUGCGAGCAUUUCAUCUGUCUUGGAUUUCCUUCUUUGCUUGUUUUGUGUCUUCUUUUGCCGCUCCACCGCUACUCCCAAUCAUUCGAGAUAACCUCAACCUCACAUCCACUGAUAUUGGCAAUGCAGGAAUUGCAUCAGUCUCUGGUGCAGUCUUUGCCAGGGUUGCCAUGGGGACUGCCUGCGACUUGUUUGGACCCCGCCUCGCCUCUGCAUCACUCAUCCUCCUCACUGCACCAGCAGUUUACUUUACUUCCCUUGCCUCCUCUCCUAUAUCUUUCCUCCUCGUACGCUUCUUCACGGGCUUCUCCCUUGCCACUUUUGUCUCGACUCAAUUCUGGAUGAGCUCUAUGUUCUCUGCUCCAGUAGUUGGAACCGCCAAUGGCGUUGCAGCUGGAUGGGGAAACCUGGGCGGCGGAGCAACACAACUCAUCAUGCCCCUUGUGUUUGGCAUCAUUCGUGACAUUGGUGCUGUCAAAUUUACGGCUUGGCGAAUUGCCUUCUUCAUUCCUGCUCUGUUUCAAACAUUAGCGGCGUUCUUUAUUUUGAUCUUUGGGCAGGACAUGCCCGACGGGAACUUCCACGGCCUGCAGAAAUCUGGAGAUAAGCCGAAGGAUAAAUUUUCAUGGGUGUUCUAUUAUGGGGUCACGAAUUAUAGAGGGUGGAUUCUGGCCUUGACUUACGGCUACUGCUUUGGGGUAGAACUGACUGUGGACAACAUUAUAGCAGAGUACUUUUUUGACCGAUUCAAUCUAAAACUCCAAACUGCAGGAAUGAUAGCAGCAAGUUUCGGGCUAGCAAACCUGUUCUCUAGACCUGCAGGAGGAUUUCUCUCGGAUUUAAUGGCAAAGAGGUUCGGAAUGAGGGGAAGGAUCUGGGCCUUGUGGACGGUGCAGACCUUGGGAGGUUUGCUUUGUGUAGUUCUUGGACAGGUGGGAUCUUUAAGUGCAUCCAUCGUCGUGAUGAUUGCAUUCUCUGUGUUUGUCCAAGCUGCAUGUGGACUGACAUUCGGGGUGGUGCCUUUUGUUUCUCGCAGGUCACUUGGGGUCGUAUCUGGUAUGACAGGGGGUGGUGGAAAUGUAGGGGCAGUUCUGACGCAACUAAUUUUCUUCAGAGGAUCCAGAUAUUCAAAAGAAACAGGAAUAACUCUAAUGGGUGUCAUGAUGAUAUGCUGCACCCUUCCAUUAUGCUUAAUACACUUCCCACAAUGGGGUGGCAUGUUUUGUGGCCCAUCAACUAAAACGCAUGCUACAGAGGAAGAUUAUUACCUGUCUGAAUGGAACUCAAAUGAGAAGGAGAAAGGUUUUCACAAAGCAAGCUUGAAAUUUGCAGAGAAUAGCGUAAGAGAGAGAGGCAGAAAAGAAGACUCUGUAACCCGACCCUCUGAUGAGACCUUACCGGCACAUGUUUAGUGCCUCAACCCCUCUAAAAUGAAGCAAUUAGCAAGUUACAGUUUUAGCUGCUGCUUUUUUUCUCAGUUUUUUAUGUAAGAAAGUCAAUGAUUCCAAGUUGUCAAUGACUCCAAGUUGUCCAACUCAUGCUACUGUAUCAUGAGAGGAAAAUAAGACAGGAAGAUGAACCGAAAAGUCAGUAAAAAAAAUACACUCGAUCGUUUUUGAAAACGAUUGAACUA